AUUUAACAGAGUUCAAAUUAAAUUGAAACAAAAUACGACGAAAAAGUAAUGGGUUCGACCGAAACUAAGAGCCAUGUGAGGAGCCGAGCCGAGUCGGACGAAGAUGAAGCCGCCAGCUUACUCGCAAUGCAGCUAGCGAGCGCUUCAGUGCUCCCCAUGGUGCUGAAAUCAGCGAUAGAGCUGGACCUGCUAGAGCUGAUGGCUAAAGCCGGACCGGAAGCAGCCGUCUCCUCUUCCGAGCUCGCGGCUCAGCUUCCGACAACUAACCCGGACGCAGCCGUCAUGGUGGACCGGAUUCUCCGGCUGCUCUGCACCUACUCUGUCCUGAACUGCUCUCUCCGGACCAUCCCCGAUGACGGACGGGUUGAGAGGCUCUAUAGCUUGGCGCCGGUGUGCAAGUAUUUGACGAAGAACUCCGACGGCGUUUCCAUGGCGCCGCUCUUGCUCUUGAAUCAAGACAAAGUCCUCAUGGAAAGCUGGUAUCACCUAAAAGAUGCAGUUCUUGAAGGUGGGAUACCCUUCAACAAGGCGUAUGGAAUGAGUGCAUUUGAAUAUCCAAAAAUAGACCCAAGAUUUAACAAGGUUUUCAACAAUGGAAUGUCGAGUCACUCCAGCAUUGUUCUAAGGAAGAUCCUAGAAAAUUACAAAGGAUUCGAAGGCCUCAAGUCCUUGGUGGAUGUCGGUGGCGGGACUGGCAGCACCCUUAACGCGAUUGUUUCCAAGUACCCCGACAUCAAGGGCAUUAACUUCGACUUGCCUCAUGUUAUUCAUGAGGCCCAUCCUCAUCCUAGGAUUGAGCAAGUCGGUGGGGACAUGUUCGCGUCCGUGCCCAAGGGAGAUGCCAUUUUCAUGAAGUGGAUUUGUCACGAUUGGAGCGACAACCACUGUUUGAAGCUUUUGAAGAAUUGCUACGCAGCGCUUCCGGAAAAUGGAAAGGUGAUCCUUGCAGAGGGCAUUUUACCAGAAGCACCGGACACCUCUCUCGCGACGAAAAAUGUGGUCCACGGUGAUGUCUUCAUGAUGGCUUUUAAUCCGGGCGGGAAAGAGAGAACCGAGAAGGAAUUUGAGGACCUGGCUAAGGGUGCCGGUUUCAAAGAGUUUCGCAAGGUUUGUUGCGCUGUCAAUACAUGGAUCAUGGAACUUCACAAAUGACCAAACCGGAUCAGCUCAGUUUGAAUUCGUCUUGGAACUUCUUUCCCAUUCGCACUUCAAUGGCGACUUUCGAGCUGUCAAAUAAAAAAAAAAGGAAUAAAAUUGUAUAUUGUUUUUGUUCUGUUGCUGAAUUUGUUUGAACUACCCCUACUUUGUAUGAUAAUUCAACACCAAUGGCGUUUCAUGAAUAAUGAAUAUGUUGCAUUAAGAUUUGUUUCUUAAAUGCUAAUCGAUUGAUUAAUUGAAAGUUGAGCAACUCACGUGUUAGAAAUUAAAC